AUGGCAAAAACAGCUCUGAUUACUGUAGGAUCUACGAAGUUCGAUGGAUUGAUAAGCCAGGCUGUAGAAAUUUCUCAAGCGCUGUCUAAGCAGGGCUAUCACAGUCUCGUCAUACAGCACGGCAAGUCCAAACUACCGGAAGGGCUGCCCGGGAGCGUGAAAGAGACAUUCGAAUAUUCUGAUAGCUUGAGCAAUUACAUUGAUAACGCUGAUAUCAUCAUAUCCCAUGCAGGUACGGGGACGAUAAUUGAAGUUCUUAGGAGCAAGAAAACGCUUAUAGCUGUGCACAACGACAAAUUGGCAGAUAAUCACCAGCGAGAACUGGCGCGUAGACUGUGCAGGCUGGGAUACUGCAUCCACAGCAGCGCUGAAAAUCUCAUCGACACUAUAAGCUCAAUAAAUCUGCUUGAAUACACACCUACCAGAUUUCCAGAAUUUGCAGCUGACAGAGUCAGGCAUUUCUUCGACAGCGAGGCGGGAUUCCCUGUCGUAGAUGCGAAGCAGACGGCUUUAAGCAACACAAACGCCCUCGAGUACACGAGCAAAGAGAAAGCCUUGGAAAGUCUGCUCAGUGCCCCAGUCAUCUUCCAAGAAGCCAGCAAUCCAGCGAGUAAGGGAUUGGGUAUACCGAAUGGCUAUAAAGCAGUCAACGAGGAACUUAAGGCUACACCAAAAGAAGAACAGCCGUACUCUCCAUCCAAAGCCAGUCCUGCCGCAUCUGAAUCUGCAUCUGCAUCCAAUUCCGCCACGACGAGUGCUGCUGCAUCUCCGGCUACUAAGCCUUCUGCCAAAGAUCUCUACCCAUGGCCAAUCGCACCAGCUUUUCCCAAAGGCAUCAACAAUGUCGGCAAAGGGUUGAGGAACGUUGGAAACACGUGUUUCUUGAACAGCACGAUGCAGUGCUUACUACACACACCCUCCCUGAUGAACUUCCUCCAAUCACAGCAUGCCAAAGGUAGACCCGACAAGAAGUUCUGUAUGAUCGAAGCACUCAAAGCCUGUGCAAAGAGCUCUUUCUCGGGCUCAGGUGGAAGUUAUGCUCCAGCACCUGUGGUGAGAAAUCUCAAGGCCAUCGCCAAACAUAUGACAGUCGGUCGACAGGAAGAUGCCCAGGAGUUUCUUCGUUAUGCCGCAGAUGCACUGCAAGCUUCUUAUCUCUCAAAUUUCCCUAAAUCAGCCAAAGGAAAGCAAGCCGAGACUAACCCAAUACAUAAAAUCUUCGGCGGGAAACUUAGAUCGAGAGUUCUGUGUCAGAAUUCGAAACACGCUUCGGAUACAUUUGACACCUUUAUGGAUUUGAGUGUCAAUGUUAAAGGUUGCAGCAACAUACAAGAAUCUUUCAAAUCUUUCACUGCCCUUGACAGACUCGAAGGUGCUAACAAAUACAAAUGCGAAAGUUGCAAGAAGCCAGUACCGGCUACAAAGCAAUUCACGGUACAUGAAGCACCGCAGUGUCUGACGGUGCACCUGAAGAGAUUCUCACCAUUGGGUCAGAAGCUAAACGGUAGUCUUGCUUUCGAUGAGAACCUCGACAUACAGAAAUACAUGAGCAAAGGGCAACCAUCACCCAAGUACAAGCUCUACGGUGUCGUGUCCCAUUAUGGAGGUAGUGCGAGGUCCGGACACUACAUCGCGCACGUCAGGGCACCUAAUGGAAGAUGGUACGAGAUGAAUGACGAUAUGGUAUCGCCCUCGAAACCCCCAUUCGGAUCUAAGAAUGCCUACGUGCUCUUUUACGAGAAAGAAAGAAGUAGCACAUUGAAAGAUGCUGUCCAAAGCGCAACAUCAGCCACUCCAUCAAGUGAAAAGAUAUUAGGCAAGCGUAAGGUGAAUGAAGAUGGCUCAGAAUCACCUCAGAAGACACCGCUGAAGACGCCAGUACGCAACAAAAUGCAAACCAAGGCACAAACGCCGGUAAGUGCGCCAGCACACAAACCCAGAUUAGUAUCAUUCGAUAUGCCCUCAUCAAACAAAGCAAAGAAGAGGAGAAUGUCUAUGCCAUUUAACAAACGGGAUACACCCUCAGAUGAUCUUGGAUCUCCUGUUGUACGCCGUUGA